AUUGUUGUUCAAUGUUUUGAUUUUUGGGAAUUUGGGAUCGUCAGAAAAAAUGUUAUCACCGUAAAUUUCGAAUGGGAAUUGAUUACUUCAAUCUAAUUUAAAAUGCUUUGAAAUAACGUUAGAUUCUCAAUCUUUCUUAUAAUAUAAUAAUGGUGUCCGAGGAAGUUAUAAAAAAUGAGUACCCCUUGCAUUGGCUGGUAUGGAAGAAUGAACAUAAACUCCUUGAAAAAGCUCUUUUGGAUAAAAAGAAUGAUAAGGAGAAAAAAGACUGCCGGGGUAGAACAGCCUUGAUGUUGGCAGUUACUUUAGGGCAUCUAGAGUCCACAAGAAUCCUAUUGAACCAUGAAGCGAAUGUAAAUUGCGAAAAUAAAGAUGGUUGGAAUGUGGUUCAAGAAGCAGUUGCCACUGGAGAUCCUGAACUACUUCAUAUUGUCCUUGAGAGAAGAGACAUACAAAGAUAUACAUGUCGUAUGGCAGGUAUACCAGACUUAUUGCAAAAACUGAAGGAAGCUCCAGAUUUUUAUGUAGAAAUGAAAUGGGAAUUUACAAGCUGGGUUCCACUGGUAUCAAGAAUGUGCCCAAGUGACACUUAUAAAGUGUACAAACAGGGUUCAAAUGUGAGGAUAGACACCACUUUGCUGGGUUUUGAUCACACUAGCUGGCAAAGGGGAAACAGGAGCUAUGUUUUUCAAGGACAAAAUGGUAGUGCGACAAUGAUGGAAAUAGAUCAUGAUUUAAAGCAAGUAUAUUGCGAAGAAAUGCGAACAACUGAUGAAAGUUUAGGGGUUUUGCUGCCAAGUGAAGACACUGUAUCACAACGUCUUACUAAUCCUAUAGUUACUACUUUCAUAGAUACAGACAAAAUUAGUUUUGAAAGAAAUAAGGCUGGAAUUUGGGGCUGGCGCUCAGACAAAAACGAAAUAGUAAACGGUUACGACUGCAAAGUAUUCGGUGCUUCCAACGUAGAAUUAGUCACAAAAACCAGAUCUGAACAUUUGACUGAGCACGACAAAGCCCGCAGUAAAAACCUCCGGACUCCUUUGCAGAACUUUUUAGGUAUAGCCGAAGUGGGUGCUUCUCAAACGAACUCAGAUAUUCCGAAGGAAGAAUAUUCGCACAAUACAAACCCUUGCAAUAUCACACCGGAAGAGUACUUUGAUGCUGAUAUAGAGUUAGGCGAUCGGGAUAUUGGAAGACCCAAAGAAGUAAAUGUUAAAGUGCAAAAGUUUAAGGCGAACUUAUGGUUGUGUGAAAACUAUCCGUUAUCUCUGCCCGAGCAGAUUUUACCUAUAGUAGAUUUAAUGGCGAUCUCAAGUUCACAUUUUGCCAAGUUGAAAGAUUUUAUUCAGAUGCAGCUUCCUAGCGGAUUUCCUGUUAAAAUUGAAAUUCCAUUGUUUCACGUCCUAAAUGCCCGAAUAACCUUUGGUAACAUAUUCGCCAUGGACAACCCAGUACCGAAAGUAUCAACAAUCCAAGAAGAAGAUAGACUGACUUGCAUACUUGAUGACUCAUUAUUCCAGUGCCCUAGUGGAUACGUUCAGAUUGGUAAUGCUAGUACGGAUUCAAGAAGGCAGUAUAGCAACGAGGAGGAAGAUGACCUGUUGCAGUUCGCGAUCCAGCAAAGUUUAAUUGAGUCGGGAACUGAAAAAGAGGAGGUCGACAUAUGGGAGGCUCUAAGAGGUCAAAAGCCUUCAAGGCCAGAGACCCCAGUAAAUACAGAAGAAAGGGAACUUCAAAGAGCGAUAGAAGCCAGCCUAGAGGAUUUUCAAGGAUUAUCGGUUUCCGACGCACAAGAUAGUCCCAGCGCAGAUUUGGACUAUGACUUACAAAUGGCCCUGAUAAUUUCCAAAAAAGAGAGAGAAAAAGAAGAACAAAAUCGGAUAGACGAAGAGAAAAUGCUAGAACAGGCCCUGGAAUUAUCUUUAAAAGAAAAAUAAUGGUAUGGAUGUGUAUUAGUCUUGUGGUAUAAUAUAUCUGUCCGCAGCAUUAUUCAAAUGUCUUACAAAAAAUGCUUAGUUUAAUCUGAAACGUCUUAGUAAAAUGUUAUAUUUGCAAUUGAAUGCUGAACUUGCAGGAUUUAAUAAGCUAGAAUCAACUUACCUUUAAAAUGUUGGUUUUAGUAUAUUUAAUUUGCUAUUAUGUAUGAAAUAGAAAAUCUGCCAAAAUGUUAGUAUAAAAGAAGCAAUAAAAAUUACUAUUUGCAGCAGUCUUUAUUGCUAACUUUGGUUAUUUGAUCUUUGCAAUUUCUGCGUUUUUUUUUGUUAAAAAAAUAGGUAUUAAAUAAAUUCAUGGACCAUAAUAUAAGUUUUUAUAUCGUAAUCAGAUAUUUCAUUAAAAAUAACGUACAAUGCUUAAACACGAAUUCCCACAUUUAAAAACUUAAUCUUAAGAAGCCACUUUUUUAUAUAAAUUAACAUAAGGUAUUAAUAAAACGAAUUUAAAAUAAUAAGUUUAGUACUAACCUAGCAUCCAUACUUACAAUCUGUAUACAAGCAACAUUUAUGGAUGCAAUAUUGUAUUAUUGUUUUUUUCUUCAGUCAAAUAUUUUUUUCAUUCAACCAAUAAUUAAGAGGAAAAUCAAGAUUCAAACAUUUCCCCUAUUCUGUACAUUCACACAAAGACUAUUGGAUUUCAGGCUGCUUCUGGUUGAUUUUACCCAUACCUACAGAGAAAUCCCUUAUUUUUCACCUUUUAAAAUUAAACAAAAAUAAGCAUCGCUCAAUAGUAAAUCAAUUUUUAAUCCACAAUAGUAAAACCAGUAAUAUUUUCUCUAUAAUAUAUCAAAAAUAUUUUCAAUUUACUUUUUUUGUGUUUAAAGGUUGUUCAACUAUCCAAUUCCAUUUUUCCUUGCCUUUUUAAACAAUAAUUGAAACCAAUAUUUCUGUAAAACUUAUAAAUUGGACCAAAUCGAAGUAAAUUCAAUCCAUGUAUAAAGGUUUUCCCACAAAAAACUUGACUAGAUUUACAUCUUAAAUUAUGAAUUGUUAUUAAAGUAGUAAUAAAAAUUAAGAAGGGGAAAAACUGAGACUUCCAUAAAACUAUUUUAAAUCGGACUAAACUAAAGUCAAUUUAAUUUAGGUUGGUAAUCCAGUCAUUGUGUAAAGGACUUAAAUGAGGCGUUUAGGGCAAAAGUGGCCCAAGCCAAAAAUAUUGAAAUUUUUUGAAGAUUAAUUACGAAAUUAUAAGAGAUAAAGAAUUUCUUAAUUUAUUUUUAUUUAGGUAAGUGGUGGAAUAUUAAACAUAGUUUUUGGACAUUUUUUUUUUUGAAAAAUAAGAUUUUGUAUGUGGCUUGGGCCACUUUUGCAUAACCUUUUUUUUUACUGACUUGAGAGUAAAAAUUAAUUACUAAAGCAAAAUAAUUUAUUUUUAGGUAAACGAUAAGACAUUUUUAAACAAAACUCAACGUAAACUCUUAUUAAUCAAUUUCAAAAACAUUCGAGUCUUCUUCAACACGUGCAUUGUGAACCAGUCGACGAUAAAAUUCAUGGUUUACUGGUGGAAUAUAAUCAAGCAAAGAUAACAAGUCUUGGUAUUUCUUUUCUUGUAUGGGCUUAGGUCCCUCGAACAGAGGAAGAAGUCUGGCCAUGUCAUGGAAAGUUUGGUUGCCCCGUUUUUUUUACAUUAACUUCGUUAAAUAAAACAUUUUCGUUAUUGGAAUAUUUAAAUUGGAUAAUUUCAGGUUUUUCUUUAUCAUACCGAAGCCACUGUAUUUGCAACCAUUGUACUUUUUCAUCAGCUUCCGUUUUUUUACGAUUCGUUAAUGCCUUUUCCAGUUCUUUUGUUGAAAAAAAGUCGCUGGAUGUCACCAUAACUA